AUGCUAUGUAAUGGUCAUACUGGACAUUUUGCUUUCUUCUACAACCAGGUCUAUGCGACAGAGGUGUUGGAGAUCUACGAAGAAUCCGGGGCGACAUUGAUAAUAAUCAUCAACGCCCUCGGUAUUCCCGUCCGAGCCCUCCUCGGAUACUUGGCCGAUCGCUACAUUGGUCCGCUCAACUGCCUCAUUCCUUGCGUGGCCCUUUGUGGCAUUCUGAUAUUUUCCUGGGCCGCUGUGCAUACCACAGUCGAGCUGUACGUCUUCGCGGUGUUCUAUGGACUAGCAUCGGCAGCAGCGAUGGCCUUGUUUGUUGGGACCGUGCCCUCGUUGACGAAAGACCUUGAUAAGAUUGGCACGCGAGUUGGCAUGGCCCUGACCAUUAUGAGCUUUGGCCCGCUGACUGGGCCCUCUGUGGCGGGGACAUUGAUAGCGCGCACCGGUGGGGAGUACCUGGCUGCGCAGAUAUGGGUAGGAGCCGCGUUGAUUGUGGCGGUCCUCGCUCUGGUCGGAGCAUGA